GAUCCUGAAAACACAUAAAAAUAAAAGAAUUAAAGAAAACGGAAAAGAAGGGGGAAAUUCAGAGGGAGGAGGGAGAGAGGCAGAGGAUCGCCAAGCUGAGUGAGAAAUGGAGAGGAUACAGGUGGCUGUCCGUGCUCGACCUCUCUCGGAAGAGGAUGCCAAGACCAGCCCUUGGAGAAUUUCUGCUAACUCCAUUUUCAUCUCAAACCACUCCUCCAAAUUCGAUUUCGAUCGCAUUUUCGGAGAAGACUGCAAGACUAUCGAGGUCUAUCAGGCUCGCACUAAGGAAAUAGUCGCUGCAGCAGUUUGUGGUUUCAAUGGCACUGUGUUUGCUUAUGGCCAAACAAACAGUGGGAAAACCUAUACAAUGCGAGGCUCCGCUACGGAGCCAGGGAUCAUUCCUCUUUCUGUGCAUGAUUUGUUCAAAACCAUUCAACAGGAUGUGGACCGAGAGUUUCUUCUGCGAAUGUCCUAUAUGGAGAUCUAUAAUGAGGAAAUAAAUGAUUUGUUGGCUCCCGAGCACCGAAAACUGCAGAUUCACGAAAGUCUUGAGCGGGGAAUAUAUGUUGCUGGUUUACGAGAAGAAAUUGUUGCCUCUCCAGAGCAAGUACUUGAUCUCAUGGAGUUUGGAGAGUCCCAUCGGCAUAUUGGAGAGACAAAUAUGAAUCUGUACAGUAGUCGGUCCCACACUAUCUUCCGCAUGAUAAUAGAAAGUCGGAACAAAAGUGAAGAUGAAGAUAUGGCCAGUUCUUGUGAUGCCGUCCGUGUAUCAGUUUUGAACUUAGUGGACCUUGCUGGUUCAGAACGAGCAGCAAAAACUGGAGCAGAAGGUGUUCGGCUCAAAGAGGGUUCCCACAUUAAUAAGAGUCUGAUGACACUAGGGACUGUGAUAAAAAAGUUGAGUGAAGGUGCUGAGAGUCAAGGAGGUCAUGUUCCAUAUCGAGAUAGCAAACUUACACGCAUUUUGCAACCUGCCUUGGGUGGAAAUUCAAAUACAGCUAUAAUAUGUAAUAUAACGCUUGCACAGGUCCAUGCUGACGAGACUAAAAGCAGUCUACAAUUUGCAAGCAGAGCUUUACGCGUUACAAACUGUGCUCGUGUGAAUGAGAUUUUAACAGAUGCUGCUUUGUUAAAGCGUCAAAAGAAAGAAAUUGAGGAACUCCGAGCCAAACUCCAGGGUUCUCAUUCAGAGCAUUUAGAAGAGGAAAUCCUCAAUCUGCGGAAUACACUGCUACAGACUGAAUUGGAGAGAGAGCGCAUAGCUUUGGAAUUGGAGGAAGAAAAGAAAGCACAAGCUGAAUGGGAGAAGAGGGUGCAAGAGCAAGCUAAGCAAAUUGAAAACUUGAGCACGAUGGUCUUGUAUUCAACGAGGGAUGAGAAUCGUGAUCGUAGUAAAAAGGAUAAAAGACGGGAUACGUGGUGCCCGGGAAAUCUUUCCCGAGAGGUUCUUGGAGAGGCAUCUUAUACUAUCCAAUCGAAGGCUUCUGGUGUAAAACCUAGGAGAGGAUUGCAUAAUAUUGGACCGCUUCUUCCUUUUGAAGAAUUGGAGAAUGAAUUUGAAGCUUCUUUGGAUGAUUCACGCAAACAAGAUGAUGAAGAUAAAAUAAAUGCAUUAGAAGGUUGCUCUCUUCCUGGACCAUGUGCUCUAUUACAUGUAACAAAUAGGAGAAAAGCACCACUCAGGAAGAAAAGCUUACCCAUGGAGGGCAAUGAAUUAAUAGAAAUGCAAGCAGACUAUGAAGAUUUGCUUUUGAAAUUCGAAACUCAGAGAACUGUGAACGAGAUUCAAAUUGAUUGCCUAAUUAGGAAGCUUGGUGAGGCCGAUUUGCUUUGGGGUGAGAAUUCUAAGAACUAUUCCAUGCAUCAUGUCAAUCAAUGUACCAUUAAUGGGGACAAAAAUGUUAGUUUAAGGGAGUCGGAAGCUAUUCUUGUGAUCAAGCGGCUUCAAGAGCAGAUUAAGAUGUUGGAAAUGGAGAAGUCUUCAAGCCAGCAUAAUCUUGAUAGUGUUGUUGAGCUGGCAACAGAGCAGCACAUAUGUGCCAGGGAGAAGUUUAAAGAGCUCUAUGAGGAGCUUCAGUUUGAACGGGAGGAGGCCAGGAUGGCCCGUGAGCAACUGAAUUCCAAUAUAUCUGAGAGCGCUGGCGUAUGUAUCUCCUGCUUCUCAGAUGGGAAUUCCGAAUUUUCUGUCAAGCUUUCACUGGAACUCCAAGAACUAUUGUUGGAAGUUCGAAACUUGAAAGAAGUUGAUAAGAGUGUCUUGUCUCUUGUGGAUGAGGACUCUAAAAGUUUUUCUGCACUAUUUGAUGCGUUCCUUGAUUUCAGGAAUCAGAUCAACCAGAGUUCUGUGCAACAAAAUGCAAUAAUCAGCAACCAAGAGAAGUUAACUUGUCACAUGAGAAAGAGAGUUUCUGAACUUGAGGAUGAGAAGCUUCUUUUGUACAAUCAAACUGUUGAUAUCCAGAAACAGCUGCAAAAUCAAGGACUAGAUGCUCAAAAUACUGAAUUAUCCUUAAAAGAACUUUUGGAACAGCAGGAUUUGGAAAAGGAACAUUUUCUUUUUCAAAUUCAAGCUCUUGAAAAAGAACUAUCGAGUUUAUCAUCUAGUUCCAUGGCCAAAGAUAAGGAAAAUUUGAGAAAAGAUCUUGAGAAAACAAAAGCAAGGCUGAAAGAGACUGAGUUCAAGCUUAAAAAUGCUGUCCAGGAGAAAACCAAACUAGAAGGUGAGAAAGCAUCUGCUGAACGAGAGAUCAAACGAUUGCUUGGUCAAAACUCUCUUCUUGAGCGUGAUAUUAGCAAACGUGACUCAGUUGCGGGUAGAAGGCGUGAUUCAGUUAUUGAUCCUAAAAGGGCCAAGGGUUCGAGUGUUUUUUUUGAACAAACAAUGCAGGAAGGAAACAAAAAACUAGAAGUUCUUGCAUUUGAAUAUGAGACAGCUAUUGCUUCAUUGGAAGAAGAGUUGGCCACUGCAUACAGGGAAAAAGAAGAGGCUAUAUUGAGAAAUGAGUGUAUGGCCUCAGAAAUAGAAGCCCUGUCCGAGCAGAUGAAAAUAUCAAGCAAGGAUCUGAAUGUGUCGAAGGAAGAGGUUUCAGCUCUUAGACAAUAUGUGGAAGAUUAUAAAUCCAACCAGCAGAAGAUGGAAAACUCUAUUAGAAAGUUGGUAGAAGAAAAGGAAGAGCUGGCAAUGCAACUAUCUGAUUCCCUUUUGGAAAUGGAGGAGGAAAGGGCAAUAUGGUCCACUAAAGAGAGAGUUUCCGUCAGAGCCAUAGAAGAGCAAGGAAAGCUAUAUGAUGUGGAGAUUAUGAAGUUAUCAAGAGGAAUGACAGAGGUGAGGAAUGAACUGGAAUCCUGUCAAGAAGAAUGUAGGGUUCUCAGGGAAAGAUUAACUUCUUCUGAGAAGAAUGUAGUUCGGGAAAAGCAAUGCAGCAUGGAAAAGUCUUUCGAGAUUGAUGAGUUGAAAUUUGUCAAAAAAGUGGAUAAUGUUGAGAGUGAACAAUCUCAAGAAAUAUUGCAGUCAAAUUCAGAGAUGCUCUCUUUAGAGCAUAAUGCUUACGGGGACGUGCAAAUGCUUAAGAGGGAGCUUAGCUUUCUCUACAAAGAACGAGAAGAUUUGUUGAUCCAAAUUAGAGAGUUAGAUUCAAGAUCGGAACUUUCUACUGACCUCCAGAAUCUUAGUGACCAACUUCUUCUUAUGACGAAGGAAAGGGAUAAACUGAUAUCUCAGAUUGAGGAGCAGCAGAGACAGGUCAUUGAAAUGGAAUUUCGCAAGAAGCAUUGCAAUGACAUGUUAUCUGAGGCAAAAGCCCAAGUGGAGGAACUGAAUACGAGAAUUUCCAGCAUGGAAGUUAAGAUGCACAAGGAUGAAGUCGACAACAGCAAGGAGAAGGCAAAGCUUAGAAUGAGACUCAGAGGGACGCAAGCAAAGUUAGAUGCCUUCCGUAGCAGAUACAGGGAAACAAUGGAGGAGUCGGAUCUCAUGAACAAGAGAUAUGAGGAGGCAGCAGGAAAACUUAAGGACCGGUUGGCUUCAAAAGGAAUCGAGGUCCUCAACCUCAAGAAGCAGCUUGCUGCUGCCAUUGGGCAAGGAAUGGAAAUUAGAUGAACUCCACGAUUCCAUAUUAUUUAUGCAAAAGUGGUAGGGGAGCUCAAGACUCAGGAAGUAUCUAUUGUUCAUUUGUUAACGUAUUUUUUUGGUUCUGAAAUAGAUGUCUUGGAAGAGAAUGCAAUAUGUAACGUCGUAAUUAUUAGGCUUUAUAAGGGGUUAUCUAACGUUUUCCAUGCAAGUAUGUAAUUUCUUGUCUAGUUUAUUGGUACAGAAAAAGGCACCGGUUAGAAUAAUACUAUUAUGCUGUCUCAUUUUGU